AUGGGGCCUCUGGCGUCGCCCCCGCUGUCCUCCAGAGCCUCCAGCGCCGCGUGCUCGCCGUCCAGGUUCUUCAAGUCGCCGCUGGCCAGUGCAGGUAGCAAAAACGCCGGCAAGAAGGCGGCGGCCACGACGCCGCAGAGACGGACCAUUGUCCCCAUCCGACUGGGCACCCCCAAGAGGCUGCUGGAAGCUAUUGACUCGCUCAGUCAACAGGAAGAGAAGGCCCCAGCGCCAAUCGCAGCAGGAAGUGUUCGAUCGGCGAGGAAGGCCUCGACCUCGUCGACGCCUCCGCGGACACCGUCCCCCUCGUCACGACAGCAGCUGCUCUCGCGGCGACUGAAGGACGUGUUCGACCGCACGGACGACGACGAGGAGCGUGAGGUUGUGCGUGGAGCGAUGAAGUCGCCGGCUACAACGGGUAAGAAGACUGAUGCGACGCCCUCUCUUCUGGACGCUGACGACAUUCAGUGCGUUCCGAGCGGACUCAUGACGAGCCCGAGCGAGCACGACUCGUUCUUCUCGUUCGCCAACUCGCUGUCGCCUCUCAUGCCCGCGGAGGAGUUCGAGAACAGCUUCAUGUCGGUCAAGCUGUCGCCGAUGGUGGCGCUCUCCUCCUACGACCUUCCGAGACUGCUCCCACCGUUCCCCGAGCCGGACCUAGCUGUUGACCCAGCGGAGGGAGUAACAACUGGGGUGCACGAUGGCACACCGACCAUCCUCAAGACCCCAAAGAACAAAACGAAGAGCAACCGAGGACUGUCAUCAGCAGGAUCUUUGACAGGAGGUGGCAUUUCAGCCCCUGGCUCUGCGUCUGCAUUGGAAUCCCCGAACUUCUUCAGCGAAUCAUUCCCAAACAUCCAGGCGUCUAUGAGCGCCACACCGGGAAAAGACGAGCGGUCUAAGCUCGGGGGCCACAGCGUCAUGAAGAUGAAGCUUCACACGUCGUUUGGAGCCUCUCCAUCUUUGCUCGACUCGCACUCCACGCGCGAGAUUCAAGCCAUCAACAACAGCCUCAAAAAGAAGAAGCAUAUUCGUCGACGGAAGGCUGACGAGCGCCAAAUGACGAAGUCUUCGUCUUCCACCAACGUUCAGCGUAAGCUGUUGCAGACCCCGGUGAAAGCUGCGGCAUCUCCGCGCACGACCACACGGUCACCGCUGCACCCGUGGAACGGCCAAACUCCGCAAGCUAACAUGUUCAAGACGCCCACACCUCGAAAACUAGCUCCGAGUCAGAAGCUUACUGAUGAGAUGCUGGCGACACCCCCCUCACCCCCUGUUGCGCGCAGGUUGAUUCCAGCAACGGAGCCGGUAGCAGGAGCCCUGUCCACACCACUCAUCAACAGGAGGAAGCGGAAAGCGCAGCAAUGUGUUUCGAUGCCAUCCUCGAUGGCCAACAUUUCAGGACUCAAGAUGCAGAAAUCUCCGCUGGGUGUUCGACAGGCAGUAGCUCUCGCUGUAACACCAGCGAAGCAGAUCAAACGGGAGUUAAUCGCUACACCACAAGGCCACUACACCGUGUUGACGCCACAGAUGACCAACAACCCAAGCGGCAUGGCCCCAUUUGACAGCAGCAUGCUGAAAACGCCGACGCCUCUGGGAUCAUCAUCGGCGCUGACGAUGUCGCUGCAAUCUGCAUCGAAGGCGCCUCUCGGUCCAGCACCUGUGGGAAUGGCAACACAGGUACCCAAGAAGGCGCCGUGCAACUGCAAGAAGUCCAAGUGUCUCAAGUUGUACUGCGAAUGUUUUGCUAGUGGUGGAUACUGCGAUGAGAGCUGCAAUUGUCUCGACUGCUCGAAUACACCGGCGACGGAGGAGGUAAGACAACAAGCUAUCGCAGCGCGUCUGGAGAAAAACCCGAACGCGUUCAAGCCCAAGAUCGGUGCCACGCCUGGUAUGACUCCAGGUAGUGCCCGUCGUCUAUCUGUCGGUGCGUCUGGAGGUAGUCACGCUUCACCGGGAACUUUCCUGUCGCCGUCGGGUCGGCUGAACCUCCAGCAACAGCAUCAACUCUUGAGUGCGGGUUUGCUGUCGACGAAGAUGCACAAGCAUGGUUGCCACUGCAAGAAGUCAGCGUGUCAAAAGAAGUACUGUGAGUGUUUCCAGGCUGGAGUGCCUUGCGGUGAAAACUGCCGAUGCAUUGACUGCAAGAAUCAAGCACCAUGCGUUGCCCAUGCCAAUGGUGUUGCAACUGCUGGUUCUGCUGUCGUUGGCACUCCUGCUCGCAUUGCCAACGAGAUCGACGAGACCUUUGUAUCGCCGGUGCUUCAGGGUGUGAGGAAACGGAUGCGCAUCGAUCGCGAGACUUGGAAGAAGGACUUCUCGUCACCGUUCGAGGCCUCUCCAAGGCGCGAGCGUGAACGCUCGGAGCGAUUGCAGUCGAGGAUGCUUGCUUCUACUGGUGCGAGCGGCAAUAGCAGCACUCCGGUGAAGUCACGAGUGAGAGCAGUGCCGUUCACGUCACCGGCUACUCCUCAAGUGAGAAUUGGUACCAAGCGACAACACGACAUGUCACCGGUCUGUGGUGUGGGUGAAGAGCAACGGGGUGCCAACAGUGGAGCUCCGCCCAGUGUGAAGACUAUGAAGGAGCGCCACUUGCAGCAGUGUGCGUUUGCUGGCAAAACCAGCGUCGUGAAGGCUGCGUUGUCUGCUGUGGUGCGUUCCUCAGUAGGAGCCGAGCGAGUGUUUGUGCUGCCGCUGUUUGGAGCUCGCCUUCCUCCGUUGGAGAGCGGCGUCAGCGCGAAAAUCUUCCGCUUCCUCGACAACGCGGAUCUGCACAAUGCCAGCUUGGUGAGUCACCUCUGGAACCAGGUUGCGCUGGGCGACACUGUCUGGGACCACGCCAACUUCAUCCCCACAGAGACGAGCGUCGCCGUCUCGCACAGCAACCUGAUACUGGAAACGCCGGUCAAACCCAGUCUGGCUGUUUCGAACUCGGAGGGCAGGCGAAUGGUGGCGAUCAAGCGCGAACCAAACCUUGCUGUGCUCUCGGCCUUUAGGUAA